ACGGCGAACGUCACGUUGAGGGCAAGAAACUGACGCACUUCAUCCACUCUCUCACGCUCGAACCCUGUUAGGAAUAAUGUCUGAGCCGUACCGCGAAUGGAUCCUGGGGUCAAUAGACUCGUUAAGGUCGCGAAAAGCGCGACCGGACCUGGACAGAAUUUGCAGAAUGGUAAAAAGACGACACGGCUCGGACUGGGACCGAACCCGUUCAGAACUAGACAAACUGAUAGAGGAGCAAGCGGUGCUGAAAGUCAACUAUAAAGGCUCUGUUUCCUAUCGCAACGCGGCAAAGGUUCUGAGAGGAAGGAGAAAAGGCGAGCAGGGCAAGUGUGCUGUGAAACAGCCUUCUCUCCCGGACUUUAGCACCGGCGACAGCGCGCUGGGUCCCGCGGAUGAGGAUCAGAUGGAGGACAUGGAAGAUGAGAUGUUCACAACAGCAGGAAUGGACAGCAGUAUGGAUGAGGAGGGCGAUGAGAGCAGUUUGGACGCCAUGUGCGCUCAGAGCACCACUGACUCUGGCAUUAGCUUGAGUCCCAUCACCAGCUGUAACAUCAGUCUACCUUUGCCCUCACCAGCUGCCUCUCCAACUCAUGAUGCUCUGAGGCAGGAUGGGGACAGUGCUUACACUCUUCCUGAGCGCGCACAGACAGCAGCCCAGCACAACACAGGAUCUCUAGAGUUCGGGCAGCAGCCACUGGCCAUCUGUCCUCGAGGAGAGGAGGGGCCGAGGGUGGAAGAGAGUGCACUCACCCCUGAUCCACUGCUGUCAGAUUGCAGAAACACACCAAAUGAGGUAGUGAAGUCAAUUGGAGGACCUCACAUCUUCUCUGUCUGUGCUGAUGAAGGUGAAAAGUGCAAUAAUGGAUCCAAGAGCACGACAGAGAUAGACAUGGUCAACAAUGGAGGGGUGAACAAUGCAAAUGAUGUGGUAAAGGAAGAAAUUAGGCAGGACCCUUUGCAUUGGAGCGUGGCUGAUGUGGUCAGUUACUUCACCUCUGUGGGGUUCCCUGAGCAGGCCGUGGCUUUCAGAACACAGGAAAUAGAUGGGAAGUCCUUACUGCUGAUGCAGCGCAGAGAUGUGUUGACUGGUCUGUCAAUCAGACUUGGUCCCGCCCUCAAAAUCUAUGAGAAUCAUGUGAAGGUACUGCAGAGAAGCCACUUUGAGGACGACAGCCGCCUCUUCUCAUAGUGCCUGUUUUCAACAAAAACGGACUGAAAUCCUCUGGCUCGUUGUCCAUGAAAUACGAGGAGAAUGGAACUCUGUAAGACUUGAUUUGCACAAUCCUCCUCAAUUUGUCUUGUUUUCUUCCUCGUGAGGACAUACAGCAUAUUUCAGCCCUGUUCUAAAUUGUCUUGGUCCUUCUGUCCAUCCCUCACAGGGCUGAUGGGACCACUCAUUUUAAGUGUUAUUUCUCCAUGGUGGAGCAUUUCAUUCACCAACAUUUUUCCUAUUUUUUUGUCAGAGAUCAUUUACAGUGUUGCAAUACCAUAUAAACAAUUUUUGGUCCAAUUAAAUGUACUAUGUUCAGAUAUGUUAUACAGCAGUCUUAAAAAGUUAGGAAAUAAAUUCCAGUUUCAGAAUCUGAAACAGCA